GGGCGCGCUCACUCAGGGAAGAUCAGAUGAGAUGCGCUCGAGUGUUUCUUUCAUCUUCUUGAAUAACUGCGGUCAUUAAAGCAGCGCCUGAGAUCCAGCGAACGAAAUCAGCAGGAACAAGAUAAUAACCAUGUCACUAUAUCCGUCUCUAGAGGACAUGAAGGUGGACAAGUUCAUGCAGGCACAGAACACCCCCACUGCCAGCCCAUCAAAAGCAUUACCUCUCCCUGAACCUUCCCAGAAUGAGUCGAGCAUCACUUACUAUGAGUCAAAAACUGAAGAGACGGGUUCCUCUGUCAGGUUGUAUCCUGAGCUGAAUGAGUUUAUGGGCUUAAAUCUCAGUGUGGAUGCUCUACAGGCAUUUUCACCUUCAGUCCCAGAACAGACCAGUGGAGCUCUCAGCGUCCACACGACUGGAAUGAGCUGGGCGGCAGCCCCUAUAACAGGAGGUGAUAUUGGGGUGAAGAGGGCUGAGAUUCGGCAGGGUGUGAGGGAGGUGGUUCUGUGCAAAGAUAUGGACGGGAAGAUUGGCCUCCGUUUAAAAGCCAUAGACAAUGGUGUGUUUGUGCAGUUAGUGCAGGCUAACACUGCUGCAGCAUUGGCAGGGCUGCGCUUCGGCGAUCAGAUUCUGCAGAUCAAUGGCAAAUCUUGUGCUGGCUGGAGCAGCGAUCAUGCACAUAAGGUGCUGAAGAACGCCAGUCCGGAGAGGAUCACACUGGCUGUGCGAGACCGGCCUUUGGAGCGAACUGUUACUCUUCACAAGGACAUGAACGGACAGCUCGGCUUUAUAUUUAAGAAGGGCAUAAUCAGCUCAAUAGUGAAAGACAGUUCUGCUGCACGUAAUGGACUCCUCACUGAUCAUCACAUCUGUGAGAUCAAUGGGCAGAACGUCAUUAGACUGAAGGACUCCCAAAUCACAGACAUCCUUAAUUCUAGCGGGGCUGUUGUCACGGUAACGGUGAUGCCAGUGGUUAUCUUCGAACACAUGAUGAAAAGGAUGUCAAGCAGUAUUGUGAAGUCACUAAUGGAUCACUCUAUUCCCGAGGUUUAAGACGUUUCGGAUCGGACUGUACAGACGAGGAUGAUUUGGAUUUUGUUGUGUGAAGUCACAGCUUGGAAGUGUCACAUUUGGUUUGCAGUUGUGUCUGCAGUCCUGUGUGAUUUUGUGCAUGUGUUAGAGAGCUAAUCGGCGAAGAAACACAGCAAGGAGAACUGAAGAGAUUUUAAAGAGAUAUUUGUUUAAAAAUUCUCUUCAAAGGACUUGUUCACCCAAAAAUGAAAAUUCAAAUAACCAUUUACUCAUCCUCAUGUCGUUCCAAAUCCAUAUGAGUUUCUAUCUUCCAUAGAACACAAAAGGAGAUAUUAAGUAGAAUGUUCAAGCUGCUCUUAUCCAUACAAAGCAAGUGAAUGGGGACUGGGGCUAUCAAGCUCCAAUAUGACAUUAAAGCACCUUUAAAGUGCCAUAGAAGUAGUCAGUUUGACUUGUUCCAACAUAUUCCAAGUCUUCUAAAGUCAUACGAUAGCUUUGCGUGAAGAACAGAUCGAAAUCGUUAUUCACUGAAAAUCUUUCCCUAAGCUGCAACUCUCAAAUCUCAUUUACACUUCUGCGUAUUCAUACACUUCUGGUUUGUUGCGAUUGAUUUUGACAUGUGGCUUAUUUCGAUAUACGCGAAUGGAAAUUAGAUUUGACAACUUCGGCAGAGGGGAAGAUUUUCAGUGUAUAACAACUUAAAUGGCUUCAAAAGACUUGGAAUAUAGUGCAUUAGUCGUAUGGACUACUGUUGAGACUUUUAUGAUGCUUUUUAUGGUAAUUUUUUGCAUUAAUUUUCUGCCCAACAUAUUGUAUGUUCCAUUGAGGAAUGAAAGUAUAACAGGUUUGGUAUGGCAUCAUAUUUGUGCCACAAUUCUGCGGGCACCAGAUGAUAUUUACAGAAGGGAUGUCAAUUUAACGCGUUCAUUCAGUGUGAUUAAUUAUGUGAAUAAAAUGCAUUAACACAAUUAAUCAUGCCCCUGGACCAUAAUAAGGAAUAUACAGUACCUUCCAUAUGAGCAAUUCUAGCUUGGAGUACCAUCUGUUUUCUCCAGGGGGCAGUAAGCGAAACUCACUGUAUAGGCAACGUGCAGCUUAUACAGAGAACAAACCACACUUACACAAGAUGAGAACAAGUUCUUGCGUACAAAGCUUGAUGGAGCGCAAAUCCGAAAGCAGGGAUCUCAAGAUGUGUUUUUCUAAGUUUCAAACUUUGUUUAAUUUGACAUAGCGACCUAAAAACUUUAUGUUGACGACGCAACGUUUUUUAUGUUUAUUGCUUUACUUGUGUGCCAAAAUAAUGUAAUAAAUAUUAUUAUCUGUAUUAUUUUUUUUAAAUACAUUAUUUUAUUUAUAAUUUUUUUAAUAUAACUAUUUAUAAUUAUUUAAUCAUUAUAUAUUGAAUCACUGUUAUUUGAGGGGCUUUCUCAGCAAAUAUUUAUGUAUGCGAUUAAUUGCGAUUAAUUUGAUUAAUUAAUCGGCAUACCGUGUAAUUAAUUCGAUUAAAACAUUUAAUCGAUUGGCAGCCCUAAUUUUGAGUGCACAAAAAUAUUCUGUCCGCAGAAGAUUAUAUAUUGAGUGCUCAAGAUUAUAUUUUGAGUGCACAAAAAGUUCUUUUGCAUGCAGUUCAACUCUCUAUCUUCUAUCGUUUGCUCAAAAUGAAUUCAUCUUUGCAAGAAGAUACAUUACAAAACUUAGUUCACACAUGUGCAAAAUACCUUUUUGUGUGCUCAAAAUAUAAUUUUGCGCACUCAAAAUAUCAUCUUGCACACAGAAUUGUGGCACAAAUAUAACGCCAUAGUUUGGAGCGUGAGGGUGAGUAAAUAAUGUCAUCAUUUUCAUUUUUGUGUGAACAAUCCUUUUAAUUCCUCUCCUUCAUCGUUAGAUACUUUGUGUGAAGCCUGAAGCUUAUUUCAAUUUCUCAGUUUUCAAAACGGCUUCAACUAUGCACUGAAGAGAGGUUUCUAUGAACAAACAGUAGAGAAAUAGAUAUUUAAUUAGGUUCAUUUUGAAGGGCUUUACUGCAGAAUAUUGUGUUUGUGGCCCUGUACUCUGAUGCUCUCAGGCUUGUGUUUAGAUGUGCGUGGCCUGUGUGAUUUUGUACAUACAGCACUACAGUAAUUUGCUUUCCCCAAUGAAACUGUUCAUCAUUUAACUUGGUUGAUCUGCAGGUGGCGCAGUCCUACAGCAGUGUGGUAUAUUGCUGUGAAACCUAGAAAUGUUCAUAUAAUACCAGGUUUUUCUUUUUUCUUUAAGGGAUAUUCAGGAAAAGUUGCUAAUUAAUAUUAUAAGAUAGCAUUAUCACAGAAACUAAUUUUGAGCCUCAGUUUGUACAAGUUACAGAAAUGUUACUUACACUUAGUACAAUGCAACACAAGGAGGAAUAUAGAUAGAAGGCAUAUAUGUUUACAUGCAGCUGAAUUCUGUUGGAUUUUACAAAUUUACAUUAUUCUCUUUGGUAAUUGACAGCAUGCCACUCAUUCUUCCUAUAAACAUUAUGUUAACACAGAAUAUUGCUUUGAAGGGAUUAAGAUAUCAUGUUUGAGGGACACAACCAUCUUUUUAACUUAAUAAGAAAUUGUAUAGACAGUUUAAGUCUAACCAUUACAGAUAGAAAUGUUGAUAAAUAUAUGAAUAUCAUAUUGCAUUUUAAUUUACACAGUGCUAUUUCGCCACUCAGUCAGUUUAUGUUAUCAAUGAGAUUUGAAUGUCUUAUCCAAAGAUGUUUGAAGGUUACAGUAUGUGAAAUGUGGUAUUAUGGAAAUUUUAAAUAAAUACGGCACAUCAUCGGU